AUGUUUGAUCAAAUUAGAGCUGCUCAAAUGGAAGAUGAAAAGUUGUUGAAGAAAAAAGAGAUAGUACGGAAUGGUGUGGUAGAAAAUUUUAGUAUUGAUGAACAUGAUUGUUUGAGGUUCAAAAAUCAAAUUUGUAUUCCAGCUAUUUCUAAACUUAAAGAGUUGAUUUUGAGAGAAGCACAUGAUAGUGCCUUUGUUUUACAUCCCGGUGGAACGAAAAUGUAUUGUGACCUACGCGGGUUAUGCUGGUGGCUGGGGAUGAAGAAAGAUAUAGUCGAAUAUAUUGGACUACCGUUAUCAGCAAGCAAAAAGAAUGUUAUCUGGGUAAUCGUUGAUCGGCUUACAAAGUCAGCUCAUUUCAUAGCAGUCAAAACUGAUUGGUCAUUACAGAAGCUUGCCGAGGUUUAUAUCCAGGAAAUUGGAAGAUUACAUGCAUUAUAUGGUCGAAGGUGUCAAUCACCAGUAUGUUGGACAGAAUUGAAUGAAAGAAAAGUGAUUGGGCCAGACCUGAUUCAAGAAACAGAAGAAACAGUUAAAAAGAUUAAAAACAGAUUGAAAGUUGCCAUUGAUAGGCAGAAAUCAUAUGCAGACUUGAAAUGGCGAGACACUGAAUAUUCUGUUGGUGAUAAAGUAUUCCUUAAAGUAUCACCUUGGAGGAAAGUUUUAAGAUUUGGCUGA